AUGGUAUCAGAGCCAGGGGUUAGAACCCUCGCAGCGGAAGAGAAACUAUCCGGCCUCGUCAUCCCGUCUGGCAUCGCUUCGAUAUCCAGUGUCACCUCAUGUCCAGUGUCGCCUUCCCCUUUGUCCGACAUCACCCUCCGCAUGUCUUGCCCUCCGUCCGGCAUUGUCCUUCCAUCCGGCGUUGCCCUCUGUCCGGCAUCAUCCUUCUGUCUGACGUUGCUCCCUUGUCCAGCAUUGCCACCUGUCCGGUCUGCCCCCCAAUUCGGCCUCCCAUCUGGUCCGACAGUUUUCCUUGAUUGGCAUGGCUUCCUACCACAGUCCACACUCCACACUCCACAGACAACGGUCAAUUUUUAUCAGUCAAAGACAAUGGUAGUGGUCAACAAUCAGCAUUUCCCAUAGUCAAUGGUCAACGGUCAACACACCCUCUCAAGGAAAUAAACACCUGAAGAGUCAAAAUCCCUUAGCACACACUCCACAGCAUCACAUCCAGCAGUAACCAUCCAAAAUCAUCUUAUAACCACGCACAGAUUGAAUGGCAAGAACUAUAUUCAAUGGGGUAGAUCUGUUUUUAUGUACUUCAAAGGUCAAGGCAAGAUAAAACCCCUUAGAGCAAUGGGAGCAAUAAGAUUCAAAUCUUCUCAAUGUAUUAUGGAACUCUAUGGAGCCAAAUGUUGUUGAUUUGGUAACUCAUCUUAUCAUUUAUAUAAGACUGUUUGGGACUUUAUUGCACUUAUGUAUUCUAAUAAUAUCUCAAGAAUGUAUGAUGUAUGUUGAAUACUAUCGGAUGAAAGAAGGGAGAUAAGAGCUUGAGCCAAUAUUUUGGUGAAGUGAUUCGACUCAAUGACGAUCUUCAUGUAUUACUACCUAUCUCCAGUGAUGUUCGGGUAGUGUAGAAGCAGCGUGACUAGAUGACUGUUCUUCAAUUCCUUGGUGGUCUUCCUUUAGAAUAUGAUGGAAUUCUUAGUCAGAUUUUAUCUGGAGUUAAAUUACCAUCUCCUGUUGAGACGUACUAGCAUAUCUCUCGAGCCUUUUUAGACCAAGACGGCCUUCGGACUUCAGCACCUGUUGAGACUACUACCUUAGUAUCUCCUCAGAAUGUCGUGGAUACACUCCUCUCAUGUUCGUCGCCGUAGUGUUCAUGCUAGCUGAGGGAGGGGUGGAGAUAGAAAUGCUGGAAGUCAUCAACGAUUAGAAUGUACUCAUUGUGGUCGAAAGAAUCAUACUAAAGAUACAUGCUCUAACCUUCAGAGAUAUCCUCCUUGAGUAGCUAAUUUAGCUACCUCAAGUGAGGAGGGGGAGACCAAAACUACUCAUCAGAUUGUCUUGUCAAAUGAAGAGUAUUCUCAGAUUCUUCCAUUUCAUAUUGUUCAACAGGCAUCAUCAGCCAUUGCAUCUCUUGUUCAGACUAGAUUCAUUGCAUGUCUCUCUUAGGCAUCUCAUUCCUCCACAAGUGAAUCGUCAUCUUGUAUUUGGUAGGUUCACAUCCUAUUCUAGUCACACUGGUCUUCCCGAAUUUCCUUAGCUGAUGGAUCUACUAAUCAUGUCAUACGUAUAGGGACUGUCCCCUUCACCUGAAUUAUCCCUCAAAUCAGUUCUUUAUGUGCCAAAGUUUUCUUUCAACCUUGUUUCUAUUAGUAAACUCACAGGUGCUCUUCAAACUAUCAUAACUUUUCUUCUUGACUCAUGUUUUAUUCUAGACCUGAAGACAUGGAAGACAAUUGAAGAAAGAUAUGAGCACAGAGGAAUAUAUUAUUUGGGUAAAGCUUCUCCAAUCGCUUGUGUUGCUGCAUCACCACUUCAAAUUCAUAGUCGGUUGGGUCAUGUGUCUCUUAGUAAGCUCAAGUUAUUAGCUCCUAAUCUUGCUAGUUUGAAAACAUUAGAGUGUGAGUCAUGCCAUCUAGGAAAACACUAGCAUUCUAGUUUUGGGUCACAAACCUGUAAUCGAGCAAAAUCAGUGUUCGAUUUAGUUCAUUUACAUGUCACAUCUAAACUUGGUUUCAAGUAUUUUAUUACCUUUAUUGAUGAUCAAUCACAUGUUACAUGGUUGUAUCUCAUGAAGGACAUAUCUAAGUUGUUCUCUAUUUUUGCUCAUUUUGUGCUGAAAAUUAAAAACCAAUUUGAGAAAAUCAUGUGUGCUACGUUGUAACAAUGCAAAAUAAUAUUUCAGCUUUCCAUUAAUUCAAUACCUAAACCAUCAUGGAAUACUUCAUGAAUCAUCAUGUCUCCUUACUCAAAAAAAUGGGGUUGCUGAAAAAAAACAUAGACAUAUCAGUGAAACUGCCUGCACACUUCUACUACAUAUGCAUGUUCUUGUAGAAUUAUGGGGAGAUGUUGUACUCACAGCUACUUGAUCAACCAAAUGCCAUCCUUUGUGUUAAGCAACAAAUUUCCUUAUUCUGUCCUUUAUCCAAGAGAGCUAUUAUAUAAUAUUCCACCCAAAAUAUUUAGAUGUGUCUAUUUUGUACACAAAUUCAGAGUUGGUUAAGAUAA